AUGAUUUCUUCUAAUCAGAAAAAUGGCGGAGUUGGAGGUUGUGGAGAUCAAAUUAAGAAGUUCAAGCAGGAGAAAUCCAUGAAGGAAGCAAAUCCAGAUGGUCUCAACAAAGCUCCCAUACAAUCCAGUCAUCUGGGACUGAGCCAGACACAACAAAGGAAACAAUCUCCAUCCAAAGUUACAAAUGAAUUGCAUAAUUACAAGAAGCCCACAAGUAGAUUUGACGUAAGUAAGAACAAGCUUCAGGUAUCCACUGACUUCUUAACUUCAUCUAGUAAGAUGAGAACCAUAAAUAACUCAGAGAAUUCAGUUUCUUCUUCUGAUCACCCUGGGGGUAAAGCUGUUGCCAAGGACCAGGAAAGGAAUUCAGGAUUAAAGCCAGCGAGGUCAUCAAUGAAGAAGAAUCCAGGGGUGGGUCUUCACUCAACGGUGAAUUUAAGCAGGGCUACCUGCUCAUCAACUAUUAAAAUUGACAGAAAUCCAGAAAGUUUGGAUCUUGAUGAAACUGAUGGCGUCUCAAGCCAGAAGCUUUGCUCAUACAAAUACUGUUCCUUACAUGGUCAGAAGAAAAACGAAGCGUCUUUGCCACCACUGAAGUGUUUUUUGUCAGCAAGAAGGCAAUCGGUCAAAUUGCCAAAUAGCACGAAGCAGAAAGAACAGUCAUCAACAAGAAAAAAUGGUCGCAAGGAGAUCCAUUCCAAACCACAGGAAGGAAUCCUGCAACAGCAGAGUUUUGAAGACAGUAACCAAUAUCAGGCUGAAAUUGUUGAUAUUGUCAAUGGAAUCAAUGGGGUGAUAAUGGAGGACUCUUAUGAAACAAAUCAGUUGCAGGAAUCCUACUCGGUUACUAGCUUUGAAGACUAUGCAGAUAACAACAGCGAGAUUUCAAUAGAAGAGCUGAAGGUUUGUGAUGAACGGAUUCAAUAUACUGAGGCUGAGAGGCAAGAAGAAGCUCGUUUAGAAUCUGAAAAAGGAAAAACUGGCCAUGUUAAUUGGGAGGAAGCAGCAGAGCCAUAUCUUCAAAGCCAGAGCAAUUCUUCUCAGUGCACAACCUUCAGUUAUGACAAUGAAGAAGAAUCUGCAGAAUCCGCAAAUGGAAGCUUACAAACUGGGAUUGAGGUACCCAAUUCUCCUAAAGAAUUACUGGAACAAGACAUGAAAGCUAGUGUGGAAAACGUUGGAAGUUGUGAGCCUUCUAAACAUGAAACAAAUUAUGAAUCACAGCAGAGUAUAAGAAGCAACAAUGAUAAAGAUAGAAAUAUCAUCUCUGAUGGAUUGACAAAUGAAAAGGAGGAAAUUAAGUAUUCCGCGUCAUUCAUCUAUGAAAAUCCCUUAGCAGAAUUGACGAAUAGGCCUAAACCAACAUACAGCACCACAAGAAAGAUAACAGAAGAGAAUCAGGAAAAUGGAAGAGCAUUCAAUCCACGACCACUUCGAUUACUUCCAUUGAAACCAGAGCCAGAAGCAGAGGUGAUCAACCUCAAGCAUCAAACUGUGGAUGAAAGAAAGACAGCUGAGGAGUGGAUGAUAGACUAUGCUCUCCAAAAGACCCUCAGAAGAAUGGCACCGGCCAGGAAGAGAAAGGUAGCGUUGCUUAUCGCUGCUUUUGAAUCUGUCAUUCAACAAGAGCAGUGA